AUGCCGCCUCCGCCUGUGGACUCUGGAUGGCUAUGCUGGCUCCAAGUCGUGGCAUCGUUCGCCAUGUGGGUGAACUCAUGGGGAAUUGUCGCUAGCUUCGGAGUGUUCCAAACGUAUUACGAGAUCACGAACCUUUCGAACAAAUCGUCAAGCCAGAUUUCCUGGAUUGGCAGUAUACAAGGAUUCUUGUUGUGCUUCGUGGGACCGUUAUCAGGGGGCUUGUUUGAUGCUGGGUGGUGCAAGGCCCUGGUCAUUGCGGGACACUUUCUCGUUGUUUUUGGGCUCAUGAUGACGAGUAUCUGCGAAGAGUAUUGGCAGGCUGUGUUGGCACAAGGCAUCGUCGUCGGGCUAGGCAUCGGCAUGCUGUACAUUCCCAGCACUGGCAUCGUGCCCCAAUACUUUGUCAAGAAGCGAGGACCGGCUACCUGCCUCGCAGCUACCGGUAGUGCUGUCGCAGGCGGCAUCAUAUAUCCCAUCAUCUUCCGCGAGCUCCAGCCUAAAAUCGGUUUCGGAUGGGCAGUGCGUGUUCAAGCCUUCGUUGCCCUCUUCCUUGGUGUCGUAGCCAGUGCCGUGAUCAAGAACAAAUCACCUCCUGUCAAACCGAAACAACUGAUCGAUCCCGAGUUCCGGCGCCACACCCCAAUGGUGCUAUUCACGGCUGGCGCAUUCUUCCUUCUCUUAGGACUCUUCGUUCCAGGGAACUAUAUCGGUGUAUAUGGUCUAUCAUCGGCAGGACUCAGCGAAGACAUGGCCUUCUAUGUGGUAGCAAUCAUGCAGGCAGGUAGUGUUGUUGGCAGACUGCUCCCAGCACUAUGGGUGGACAAAGUUGGAGCUGUAAACGUACUCGUUCCUGCCAUGCUUGCAAGUGGCAUCCUCACACUCUGCUGGAUUGCGAUCAAGAAUGAGCCGGGUUUAAUCGUAUUUGCGAUUCUUUUCGGAGCCGGCUUCGGUCUUGUCUUUGCCAUGAUGCCGCUCUCGGUUGUGAUGCUCUUGAAAGGGGAUAUGAAGAAGUUUGGGACGUAUCUUGGGAUGGUGAUGUUCUUUUCAUCCCCGGGGUUGCUGAUCGGCAACCCUGUUUCUGGCGCGAUCGAAGACGACUCCGAUUACACUGGAUUGCAGGCGUUUUCUGGUUGCAUUAUGUUUUUGGCGGCAUCACUGUUUCUCGCAGCUCGAGUCUCUGCAGUCGGAUGGAAAAUUGUUAAGAUUUAG